AUGGCGGAAACCAAAGAAAAUGAGGCCAUGGAGGUUGAUACAACUCCAUUUGAGCCCGUUUCUAUCCUCAAAUUAACGAAAGACGCCCAACAAAAGCAUGGAUUGAGACAUGGGAACUACAAACGAUAUGGGUAAGAUUUUUAGUUGAUAUUUAUUUUUUAGGCCUACCUUUGAAAGUUUUUGUUUUGAGAAGACUAAAAUAUCGGUGGAACGUCGUUAUCUUUGAUCUUUCAGCGAUUAUUGCGAUCGUCGCAUCCGAAGGCUUCGUCGUGCUCUGAAAUACACUCACACCUACAAGUGUGUUCCAAACCACAAGGCGAAGUUUGUUUUACGACCAGUGAAUGCGGAUGUUGUCAAUGACAAAAGGUGAGCUGUUUUCAUUAAUUUUGCUUUACAUUUAGCUUAGGAAGGCAAUUUUGGGUGGAUGAACUUUCUUUUGCACGUUUUUCCUAAAGCCUAUAUACUCCAUUUUUAUUCUGUUGGUUUUUAUGUUUACCAACCUUUUUUAGGUUCCUAGAAUUAGUUGUUUUUGAUGUGGAGCAUUGCUGGGCCCGUGGAAUGGAGUUCAAAGUUGCCAGUGAGAACGAAAAGCAUGCUCGUCAAAUUUUCCAUGCUCGGAGGCGACUGAUCAAAGCCGUGCAGCACGCUGAGAACCUCGACAGCAGUGUGAAUUCUUCGCCUAGAGUAAGAUUUCAGUUUUUGUUGGAAUUCUUAUGAUUUUAGUUUGAUGAGUUCACGAAGACUGAAGGAAAGGCGUAUGUGGCCUCGAUUCAAGGUGCCGCGUUGCUAGAGAAGCGAAAAUGGUCAGAAGCAUUGGAUAAAUACGUCAAUUCAAGGUAUGUCACAAUUUUCGCUUUAUUUUCUUUGGAUUUCAGGUUUAUCUACCAAAAGUUGGUGAAGAAUGUCAAAAAUGAAGAGCUUCAGGCACUAUACGAACAGAGGGUCAAAGAAAUAUCGAAUAUCAUCAAGCUCUGCGAGUAUCACGCAGGCAAAAAGGGAGUGGAUGUCGCCCCCGAUGUUUCUCAACUCGACUUGAACGAAACUCUCGAAGAUUCGCUGAAGAACGUGGAAAUUGAAGAGCCCAAGAGUGAGAAGGAGAAGAAGAAGCAGGAAAAGGCGGAUAAAAAGAAGAAAAAAGAGCAACAACCAUUGCCCCAACCUGUGCCGGCCAAACCGACCUUCUUCGACUUGGCUCUCAAACAUUUCACGGUGGGAUUUUGUUAAUUUUUUCUUGAAUUUUAGGUACAAAUCAGACUGAAGACAAAAAAUCGAAGAUUUUUUUUAUUUGGGUUCUAUAAGCAUGCAAUUUCAGCUCCCGCAAGAGAUCACCGACAUUGCCAACACCCAGCCACCCGCACCAGCCAAAGGGGAAGCCGCCCAGCCCGCUGGACUUGGCGGAAUGGUCCGCAAUCUGUUCUGGGGCUCCAAGUAA